AUGAUAUAUUUAAGGCAGGAUAAAUUACGUUAUUGUUUUUAUUUUUAUGUGCAACUUUUUAUAGUAUAUUUGUUCAUAUGGACAGAGAAUAAAUAUAAUCAAUAUGGUGGAUGUAAAAAUUUCAAUGUUGAGUUACAUUUUGAGGAGCCUCUAAGAUUGAAGGAAUAUAGAAUAUUAGUUGAAUAUACCAACAGUUAUAUGUAUGAAGAACCGAAAGUAAGAAUUAUUAACUAUGAUGAUGAUAAAAUUGAAGAAUAUCCUUCAAGAUAUGAUAAUAAAAAUUUAGAAGAAUCUUUUGAAGAUUAUGUUGAUAAUUAUGAAUAUACUUUAGGUGAUAAAAUACCAGAAACUGUAAAUUUAGAAAACUAUUCUAAUAUUGAUACCAUAAGUGUUCUUGAUUUAAGUGACGAAAAUAAUGUGGAGGUAAUUUUUCCUGAUAAAAAUAUAAAUGAGAAGAAUAUAAAUAAUGUUAAUAUGGAUGAACUUAAAUCAUAUAUUGAUACACAAGUUGAAGAAAAUCAAACGAAAUUGUGGGACCAUUAUAUAAAUAAUAUUGAACAGAUUACACCCAAUAGCAUAGAAUAUAAAUAUAAAUAUCAUACAUCUACUAAAAGAAAUUUAAGAAGUUUUAUUAAAUAUGCUAAAAGUACUCUUAAGUUAUUAUAUAAAAUAAUUAAAUUUAUUUUAAUUACUGUUUAUAGUAUUAUUAAAUAUAUUAUUGUUUCUAUUUUUACCACACUAGAAGUAUAG